UCAUUACAGAAAACUCUAUGACUAUGUUGAAUCUUGUCAUUUCUAUUUCACAAUUUUCGCAGAUUUUUCCAAACAAAAAUGCUCGCGAAAAAUAUAACUAAUUUGCUUAUUAGAAGCACAUAUGUGACAAAGAAUUGCCACACUACAAUAAGAAACAUCUCCGUAACAUCAGUAAAACAGGACAUAGUAAAAAUCCAAAGCACCGACGACUUUAAGGAAAAAGUCAUCAAUAGUAAAGUUCCUGUGGUGGUCGAUUUCUUUGCGACAUGGUGCAACCCUUGCAGGCUUUUAACUCCUCGUCUAGAAUCAAUAAUCUCUGAAAGCAAGGGUAAAGUGAUCCUGGCUAAGGUUGAUAUUGAUGAGCAAACGGACUUGGCUCUAGAUUACGAAGUGAGCUCUGUGCCUGUCCUUGUGGCUAUUAAGAAUGGAAAGGUUCAACAACGUCUUGUUGGAUUGCAGGACACCGACAAGCUGCGCAAGUGGAUUGAACAAUUUGCUUCAGAUGAAUCAAAAGCUACAGUCAAAGCAUAAAUUAUUGUUAUUACAUAUUUGCUAAAUUAUUGUUGUUACCAUAAUGUAGUUGACUUUAUUUUAAUAAAAAUGCAUAUUAAAAA